AUGUACGUCGCGUUUGCUCUUGCAGCUUUAUUCUCCGCAGCGACUUGUGUAUCCGAGGACAGGUUCACGGGUCAGUGGCUGCCAAUGGUUACAUUCCCUAACGUGGUAACGAACCAGAUAAUAUGCGACAAAUACAACGUGAGCGUCGUCAAAACGGACCCGUGCCAAUGCGGGAAUUUAUCCGCGACCAUAUUUGAGUUCGAAAAGGGCGUAACCGACACUCCGGCGCGGUCUGUGACGAUGCCAGUGAUUGUGGUCGAGAGCAUCCAAGAGGUCGAACCAGCGCUGGUCGUGAGGUGCGAAUGCGGUGGAGAGUACGUACGCCACGCGUUGUUCCGCACUGUGGACAACUACUACGUAAUGUACGAGAAGCACCCGCAAAAUGUGUACGGGCCGGAGGAACCUAAUACUGCGAACCUGCUCGUUAAGAAAGCGCCAACGUCCUCGGAGCUGAGAGAGGUGUUGGCGAGCAUCCCCGAUCUGAAGCACAGGAGCACGGGAAUAAUGUGUGAUCCCGAUAAAAAUGUUGGCCUU